CACAAGCGUCUCCUAAAACGUGCAAAAUCGCAAUAUUUUGAAAACCUUGCGAUAUUAUUCAUGGAGUCAGCAAAUACAUAUGCCAGACCAAGUAAAGAACCUCCAACAAAUCCCAAAGAACUAAAGAAGUGGAAAGAAGAGCGCAAAGCCGCAAAGCGAAAAUGGAAAGAGGAAAAGUUAUUGAAACAGUUGGCAAAGAAACGACAGCUUGAGAAGAAAGAAGAAGAAGCAAAGAAAGUGAAAGAGGAAGAAGAGGAAGUGCAAGAAAGAUUAGGUCGUCCAUACACAUUAUCCAUAGCUUUACCUGGCUCUAUUCUAGACAAUGCACAAUCACCAGAACUGAGAACUUACCUUGCUGGACAGAUAGCCAGAGCCGCUGUUGUGUUCAAUGUUGAUGAAAUUAUUGUAUUUGAUGAAACGGGAUCCACAGAAAAAACAACUGAAGGAGAAUUUUCUGGUGUAGGCAAGCAUGGACAUGGAAACGUUCAGCUUGCACGGAUCUUACAAUACUUAGAAUGUCCACAAUACCUUAGAAAAUGUUUCUUCCCUCAGCACAAAGAUCUUCAAUAUGCAGGUGUAUUAAAUCCCCUCGAUUCCCCUCACCACAUGAGAGCUAAUGAUGAGGCCCUAUACAGGGAAGGUGUUAUUGUAAAGAAACAUUCUAAAGAGGGGAAAGGCUCCUAUGUUAAUGUUGGUCUAACCAAGGACAUACAGGUGGACAAACAGUUGGUUCCUGGGAUCAGAGUGACUAUAAAGAUGGAUCUCACAUCUCUAGACAGAAAGAAACCAAGAGGAACAGUUGUGUCUCCAUCAGAGCCCCGAACACAGGCAGGCCUUUACUGGGGUUACAGCGUCAGACUGGCUAGCAGUAUAGGAGCCGUGUUUACGGAAUGCCCAUAUAAGGAAAUGUAUGAUUUAACUAUAGGAACGUCUGAACGAGGGUCUGAUAUUGAUGAAUUUGAACUCGAUAAAAAGGAUUUUAAACAUGCAUUAGUUGUAUUUGGUGGUGUUCAGGGUCUGGAGACGAGUUUAGAAGCGGAUGAAAAUUUAGCAGUAGAUGACCCGAGUUUGUUGUUUCAACAUUACCUCAACACAUGUCCUCAUCAGGGUAGCAGGACUAUCAGAACAGAGGAGGCCAUUUUAAUCACCAUGUCCGCACUGAGACCCAAGUUGUUCAUCAAACAAACACACAGCAACACAGAGUCCUGACAUUAGCUUUUAAUGUCUAUUUUACCCAACAAAAUUAUUUUGAAAUACCA